GCCGCAGUGCCUGCCGGGAAGGAUGUGAGGCCGCCGGUGGCUGGAGAAAGCGGAGCAGCGGAGACGGCGGUGCUGGGAGCCGCACUGGUAGGCAGGGGGCUGCGCGCGCAGGCCCAGCGAUGGCGACCAUGUUGUACCCGCGGGAGGAAAAGCUGGAGAAGAUGAGCCAGGAUGAGAUUGUCAUGGGCACCAAGGCGGUGGUGCAAGGCCUGGAGACGCUGCGCACUGAGCACCACUCGUUGCUGGCCGCCCUGCUCGACACCGUCAGCCGCCUGGAGCAGCAGCACGAAACCAGCGCCGCCCAGGAGAAGGCCGGCCUCUUGCGGAAGUCCCUGGAAGCCAUUGAGCUGGGCCUCGGGGAGGCUCAGGUGAUCAUCGCCCUCUCCAGCCACCUGAGCGCGGUGGAGUCGGAGAAGCAGAAGCUGCGGGCUCAGGUGCGGCGCCUGGUGCAGGAGAACCAGUGGCUACGAGAUGAGCUGGCCGGCACCCAGCAGAAGCUGCAGCGGAGCGAGCAGUCGGUGGCCCAGCUCGAGGAGGAGAAAAAGCACCUCGAGUUCAUGAACCAGAUUAAAAAGUUUGACGAGGACGUCUCCCCCUCGGACGAGAAGGGCGGGGAGUCGGCCAAGGACACUUUGGAUGAUCUCUUCCCCAAUGAUGAUGACCAGGGACAAGGGCCGGCUCACAGUGGAGACGCAGCAGCCCAGCAUGGCGGUUACGAGAUCCCGGCCCGCCUGCGGACGCUCCACAACCUGGUGAUCCAGUAUGCCUCCCAGGGCCGCUACGAGGUGGCCGUACCACUCUGCAAGCAGGCCCUGGAGGACCUUGAGAAAACUUCGGGCCACGACCACCCCGAUGUAGCUACCAUGCUGAAUAUUCUUGCACUGGUGUACAGGGACCAAAAUAAGUACAAGGAGGCAGCUCAUCUCCUCAAUGACGCCUUGGCCAUCCGGGAGAAGACGCUGGGGAAGGACCAUCCAGCCGUGGCCGCUACCCUCAACAACCUGGCUGUGCUGUACGGGAAACGGGGCAAGUAUAAGGAGGCGGAACCACUGUGCAAGAGAGCUCUGGAGAUCCGUGAGAAGGUGCUGGGCAAGUACCAUCCAGACGUGGGCAAGCAGCUGAACAACUUGGCCCUCUUGUGCCAGAACCAGGGCAAAUACGAGGAGGUCCAGUACUACUACCGGCGCGCCUUGGAGAUCUACGAGUCUCGCCUCGGGCCCGACGACCCCAACGUGGCCAAGACCAAGAACAACCUGGCCUCCUGCUACCUCAAACAAGGCAAAUACAAGGACGCUGAGGCCCUCUACAAAGAUAUCUUGACCCGAGCGCAUGAGAGAGAAUUCGGAUCGGUCAACGGAGACAAUAAGCCAAUUUGGAUGCAUGCUGAAGAGCGAGAGGAAAGCAAGGAUAAGCGCAAGGAGAAGGACAGCGCCCCCUAUGGGGAGUAUGGCAGCUGGUACAAAGCAUGCAAGGUAGACAGCCCCACAGUCAACACGACUCUGAAAAGCUUGGGCGCUCUCUACCGGCGUCAGGGCAAGCUGGAGGCUGCAGAAACGCUGGAGGAGUGUGCCCAGAAAACCCGCAAGCAGGGCAUGGACGCUAUCAACCAGAGCAAGGUUGUGGAGCUACUGAAGGACGGGAACCGCUCGGAGCACCGGUCCAACCGCGAGGGGCUCUCCGGCACCUACAAGUGCGAAAACGGGACUGACCCGGACGAGGGAGCGGCAGAGUGGUCUGGGGGGGGCUCCGGAGCUCUUCGGCGCAGCGGCUCCUUCGGGAAGCUGCGUGACGCCCUGCGACGAAGCAGCGAAAUGCUGGUCAAAAAGCUGCAAGGGAGCAGCCCGCAGGAGCCCAGGAACCCCGGGAUGAAACGGGCCAGUUCUCUCAACUUCCUGAACAAGAGCGUAGAAGAGGAGUCAAGCCAGGUGUCCAGUAGCCUCUCCGACAGCCGUGGCCUUAGCGCCAGCAACGUAGACCUCUCCCGGCGUAGCUCCCUGCUGGCGUGAGGAGCAGCGCGUCCCGCACCAGCUCCACCUGGGUUGGAUGGAGGAGACCUGGGCCGCGUUGGACCUCUCCUGCCUUCUCCCUGCUGCUGCUGCUGCCCCGCCUGCGA